GGAGUCACAAAAGAACCAUGAUUGCAGCAAAAAUCGAAUUCAAGAAACGCUUCGAUUUCUGGGAAGCGCGGAGCCACGCGGGUGAGCUGGGAUUGUGGGAUUUGGGAAUUCAGGAUUUGGGAAUUCCGGGAAUUUGGGGGUUGAGGCGUUUGAUUUGGGGAUUUGGGGAUUUGUGGUUUCUGUUUAUUGAGGAUUCGGGAAUUUUGGGAUUUGUGGUUUUGGGGACCCAGGGAUUGUGGAUUCUGGGGAUUCGGGGUUUCUGUGAUUUUGGGGAUUUGGGCAUUCAGCGAUUCCGCAGCCCCUCAACCCCCAGGAAUAUCCCAGUCCCUCACGGGAUCCUCCCCAUCCCCGCAGUUCCCGUGGCGCUGGAUGCCGAGGCGCGGCCCCUGGAUCUCGGGGACGCGCAGGAUCCGAUCCCGGUGCCGGCGCUGGUGGCUCGGGACGCGCUGGGAGCCGGGCAGCGCUACUGGGAGGUGGAGCUGGGCCGGGAGCGGCGCUGGGCGCUCGGGGUUCUGCACUCCCGGGAUCCCCGGGAUUCCCGGGCGGAGCUCUGGGCUCUGCGCGCAUCCCAAGGACAGCUCUUCUCCAGCCGCGGCCGCGCGCUCGGGGCGCAGCGCCGCCACCUCUCCGCGCUCGGCGUGUUCCUGGACAGGGAAAAAGCGCAGCUGGAAUUUUACGAUGUGGACCAGAAGGAUCUGGUGGCCGGGAUCCCGCUGGGGGAUCCCACAGGAAAAUUCUUCCCGUUUGUAUCGCAAGGGGAAGAGGGGAUGCUGCGGAUCCGCCCGGUCCCUGUCCCGGUGCCGCUUUAAAUCCCCGGGGAAGAGGGAAAAUUCGGGUGUCAGGAGGGGAAAAUGAAAUGUGAGCGAAGUGUCAGCGUGGGAGUGAAAAGGAAAGGUGGGAAUAAGCAAAAUGAAAGGGGAAGGUGGGA